UUGAGUCACUGUUAAUGGAAGUGAAUGCAUUACCUGUUUUAUUGCAGUAUUCAUUUCGUACCUGUUGCCUGUUAAUUUAUUUACCUAUUUAAGGAGAAAAUGAGCACAUUCGACGGUGUAAUAAAAGAAUAUCCUCUAAUAUCUAUUGAUAGAUUUUUGAAAGAUGAGGAAUGUGAUAACUAUGCCUCAACCGUAUAUUUCUUGUCUCACUGUCAUACAGAUCACAUGAGUGGUUUGGAAGAUAAGGAAUUUUAUGAGCAUUUGAAAGCCAGGAGUUUUAGCAAAAUUUAUGUAUCUGAUGUUACAGAGUGCUUGCUGAAAAGUGAUCCUUUGUAUUUCCAUUUAUCAAAUUUUAUAGUGAACCUACGUCUUGAGCAACCAGCUAUUAUUAAUCUUCCUGAUACAGAUGGCAAAAUACAAUCAAAUGUUGUUGUCACUAUGCUAACUGCAGGUCAUUGUCCUGGAUCUGUGAUGAUUUUAAUUGAAGGUAAUAAUGGAAGAAUAUUGUAUACUGGUGAUUUUAGACUCCCCAUUGGUGGAUCUGCUAGGUUAUUAAAUAUGCAUGAAGCCGAUGGCAGCUUAAAAAGAUUGGACAGCUUAUACAUUGAUACAACAUUUUGCAACAAAAAUAGCCAAUAUAUUCCCACAAGAGAAGAAUGCUUGGAUGCUAUUAUUUCAUUAGUACAACCUUGGAUUAGAAGAGGGCCCAAUUAUAUAGUACACUUUUUUUGUCCAGCACAAUAUGCAUAUGAAUUCGUCUUUGUUGAACUCUUCAAGAAAUUCAGAGUGAAGACUCAUGUAACAGAAGAGAGAGAACGGAAAUAUGCUGGUAUCAAAGAAAUAGAAAAUGCAGUCACAAGUAUUUCAAACGAAGCUCAAAUCCAUGCUUGUAUUUAUGAAAAGACCUGGAAGGAUAGAAAACCUGUCUACUAUUUCACGUCACCAUGUGGCUAUUGUACAGAUGAUCUGAAACCUGUAAAAGUCAUGUAUAUUAAACCGAGUGCAAUGUUUUUUGAGAAAAAUAAAUUUGAUAAAGUAAACUGGUAUGAUGUGAAUUGUAAGAUGCAUCGAGUGUGUUAUUCCACCCAUUCUUCACUUGAAGAAAUAAGAGAUAUGGUUAAAUAUCUAAAUCCAUGUGUGGUGUAUCCAAAUGUGGUUGUCAAACAAACUGUAAAAGAGAUAUUAGAUUUAUUGUCAUUUAUUCCCUGCAAUUCUGAAGAGUCUGAAGAAGUAACAUCACUCUCUCCUCUGGGACUUCUGAAAACUGUUUCUGAAAAUCAACUAUCAGCAGAAACUCCAAGCAGUUUGCCUUUCUAUGAUGAAUGCUACAUUAUGUCAAAAGACCCAGUCUGUUUAAGUAAAGUGAAUGGUAAAGAAAACAUCAUUCAUGAAAGUAGUAAAUUAAAGAAAGGGAAUGAAAAGGAAAAUAUCAUCGAAAAUAACAAUUUAAGUAAAGGGAGUAAAAAAAGCAUUAUCAAUGAAAAUGAUAAUGAUGAUUUUAACAAAUCUCAGUUGAAUGCUGUUAAACAUCCAAAUAAAACAGAAAAAUGUGAUGGAAAAGAGGACAGUUGCAAAGAUGUUUUACCAGUGUCUGGUGCUGCUAAUCUUUUAUUCUGGGAUUAUAACUUUUCAUCAGAUGAUGAGCAUAGGAGUCAUAAUUCAUCGCAGAAAAGUAACACUGAAGAAAAAUCUGAUUCAGAAACUCUUUACAGUACUUCAGAAGAACAAAAAUCAAACCCUGAUAAUUAUUGCAAACAGGAUUUAGUACAUGCAAAAAGUAAUAUAAGUAAUAAGAAACUUAAUCAUAUUUUUCCAAAAAGAACUUAUGAUGAUCCUCAAUGUACUACUUCUGGUACAAUUAAUUUUAAUACUAAAUCUUUUAAUAAAUCUAAUAGUAGAAAUUUUAAUGAUAGAAAACAUCCUUUUAAUCACUUUCUAACUGAGAUGGUAAAAGAUGAAUCUUGUGUGUGUGAUACAGAGCUCAGGACUAACUUAUGUUCAUUACCAUGUUUAUUCAAUGAAAAAAGCAAAGUCCAUACUAAUUUAUCAUUAACAAAUAAUGGCUCAGAUUCAAAUGUUUACAAUACAAAAUCUAAAAAUAUGCUGAAAGAUAUUGCAUAUACUGCAAAAAGUUCACAUGUUAAUAAUGAAAAUUCAUUUCAUUCUGCAUCUUCUAAAAAUUUAGUUCCAUAUUUAUAUGAUAUAAAAACUAAAUCAUCGAAUGAUAAUGAUGACCACAGAAACCACAAUUCUUAUGAAGAUGAACUAAAUUCAAAUGAACCAUCAAAUAUAGAAGUAAAGUUCAAUUCCAGUGUUACUUGUAAUAACUUUAUAAAGAAUAUAUGCGAUGUUAUCGAAGAUGGUGCUUCCAAUUUCAGCUUAUGCUCCCCUAGAAAAAAUGUGAAAGAUAUAUCUUGUGCAAAAUUUUCAUAUACCAGCUGUAGAAAAAAUAUUGAUAAGCAUGACACUGAUUGUGGUCAAGAAGAUGUAAUAAAAAAUAACUAUCACAAUUCUAAAAUUUCAUCUCUUUCGUUAAAACAAGAGCAUGGAGCAAAUGAAGAGGAAAGUCCAUCUUUUAAUUUAAAAAGCAAGAGUGUUCAAGGUUUCAGUAAUGUUCAUAAUCAAAAUUCAGAAAUUGAAGUGAUUGAUUUAUUUUCAGAUGAUUCACCUGGUGAUGAUAAUCUGACUGCAAAAGUAUCUUUAGGUGGUGAAAACAAAUUUGGUUUAUCAAGUCAUCUUGUGAAUCAUGAUGUUGGAGUUAAUGCAUCAAGUAAUAAAUUGUCAGUUCCUCAUGCUGUAACAACUGAUAAAUCAAACAACAUAGAAGUAAUUGUUGAUUCGUCCAGUGAUCUGGAAGACAGUCCAAGUUUAUUAUCUUCUUCUACAAAGAAGUUAUUGUGCUUUAGCCAUCCAUUUAACCCUCAUAGGAAAAGAGAGACAGAAGAAGAAAAUUGUCUUCAUGCUGAGAAAAGAACCAAAGUAGAUGUACUGCCUGAUUCUCCUGAGCUUUUUAUUACAGAUUGUUCAGAUAAUUCACCUGAUGACAUUCUUUGCCUUACUUAUGUGCCAUUUCAUGAGGGAAGUACUGAUGACUUAUGACAUCAGUUUAAUUUCAGGAUGUUUACAUAGAGCUAAAUAAGUUUGCAUUUUUAUACAUAAUUUAUUUUUUGUAAUAUUUUAAUUUAUUUUCUAUUUUAUAAGGUUAUUAAAAGAAAUUGAUCAAGCCUAUUUUUUUUUUUUUUAGAUGCAGUGAAAUAUGUAUGGAAGAUUAAUCUCUUACCUUUAUUGCAGAUUUAUAUCUUACUAAACAAUCUUAGUUUAAAAAAUUGAAUCUGCAAAAUAAUCAUUAGAAAUCAUUUGAUGUAUUGUAAAUGCUAAAUUGUUCAAAAAUGACCUGGAUGAAUGAAAUGAUUGAAAAAGUAAGAUGAUUACAUACCAGCAAAGCUCAUUCAUUUUCAAAAUAAUCCUGUUAUGCUAUGAUAUUCCAUUUCCAGUGGUUUAUACUUUCUUUAAGAAAAUGUAUGUUUGGAUGAGUAUAGUCUUUUUAACAACUAUGAUGAACAUAGAAUGGCAUUACUUCCUACCUGCCUAUGUGUGACAGGUAUUGUUUCCCAUAUUGUCUAUGAAGCCUUGUUAGAAUUUGCAGGUUUGAGAUUCUUUCCUCUUCAGAAAAUGAAAUUAUAAUCCUUUUUCUUUUUUCCGCCACAAGCUCAUAUGUGUGUUGUAUAAUCAUAAUUUCCACAGUUGCCACACAUUACGAACAAGGAUGAACUUCCAUGGUAUUGUAGAUUGUAAUAUCCAAAGUCACUCACUCUGAUGCAGGAAUUAUUGUGUGAAAAAUUCCUUAGUCUGAGUGAUGUUUGCAUGCCUUAGUAUUUGAAGCAAAUAUUUAUUAAUAUUUUAUUUCAUUAUAUCUGUGAUAUACUUGCAAUUGUUGCUUUAGCUGUGAUGUAAUUUUAGGAAUUUUAUUAGCUGUAUAUUAUUUGAUACAUUUUAAUACUUAAUUGCAUGUUGCAUGUAUUGUUUUCAAAAAUAAAAAAAUUGAAGAAAUUCAUAUAAACUGUCAUUCGCAUAUAUUUAGUGAGAGAUCAGUUUUAUUUUAUUUUACUUUUAUGUGAGCUACAAAGUCAAACUUUGAACAAGCUAUGUGAUUUUUUAAAAAAAUCAAUUCUAAUUUGUUAUCAACUGUUUAAAUUUUUUAAUCCUUUGGGAGCAAAACAGAUACCAUAUUUCCUAAUGUAGUUUUCCUAUAUCUUUUUAGUGGCAAGUUCUCAAAAUCUUAAAAAUUUUUGUGUAAUUUCCCCUUUCCUCAUUGUGUUCAGAGGACAAAAUGAGAUUCUCCUCUGAACACAAUUUAAUUGUUCUCUUUUGAAAUGAAAUAAUCUACUUAAUGGUCAUUUUCCUCUUACUAACAAAGAUAAACUCACAAACUACCUGCAAAGAUCAGACUGAACUUAUUCCUUCUAACUGUUGAACUUUAUGCCAGCCAACCCAUCAUGGCAGAGAAAAUAUAAACUGACAUCUAGUCUGUGGUUUCACCAAGUCAGCUGCACAUUCACCUUCUCCAAUCAUUUGUAAAUUAUUUGAGGCCUAAGAAGUACUAGAGAUAACAGUAAAAAUGAGUGUGAUUAAAGGAAAGUAGAAAUGUAGAUAUCUUAUUCGAUAUUGUAAUAUUAAUAUUGCUGUGUCUUCUUAUUGGAAUGAAGUUUCUUUUAAAGAAAUUGUGUUAUUUUCCUGUAGUUCAUCCAUCAUUACUUUUCAGUUUUUAUGUUCUUACUGUAACCGUGCCCUUCAGAUAUGAAAUUAUUUUCUUAAUUUUCCUCUCUCAAUUUUCAGAUGAUAAAAUUAGUAAAAAAAGGGGGGGUUAUGCGAGGAAACGGGCAGAAUAAUGAUGUGACACAAAUCACAGUUGGGAAAGACAUACCCUCUGUUUUUAAGAUGAGAAGAACCCAAAAGUUCAGGUGAGAUAUGCUUCUUGCUUUAUAAAUCUGCCAGUGCAGCAUUUAAGAUUUUGAUAUCUGGGUUUGAUUGUGCCUAUAUGUAUAUCUCUGUGCAUGUGUGCUUUUAUCAGGCAUCAUAUGAUCAAAUAAAUACAGUCAUCUGUACCUUUUUAAUCUUGUAUACUACCAUGUAUUGUAAAUAAAUACUGCCAGUAAAAUGUAAAGGCAAAUGACAGUUUGGAGUAGGUAUCUCAUUCCCAGCUUAACACAUCUAAGCAGAAAGGGUAAAGAAAUCUUAUUCUUCAUAUUAGCACUAUAUGUUAAACAAAUCCAUAUUGUUAAAUUUGUCUUUACUGUUAAGGAUGUUAAAAACUUUAGAAUCACUUUUCUGUUUAUGUUUUGGCAAUUUUUAGAUGCUAUCUCCUUUAAUAUGUUAUGAUCACUUGUAUUGAAAUAAUAAGAGAAAAGGUCAUAUGGCAUUGGUGCCAAUGUUCAUGAUUUUUGUGAAACAGGAAAAGCUAUGCCAGAUAAUUUUAAUCCUUAGCCUUUGCAAAUUUUUGUACCACUGCAUACCGGCAACUCCAGCACAUUUUCGUAGCAGAACGAGUGAAAUGGAGUCUUAUUUUAAGUGAGAAGAAUUACACGUGCUUGUGAAUGUUUUUAAUUUUAUUUCUUUUAUACAUAUGCACUUUCUUUUUGCAAAUGAAAGAUAAAUUGUAAAUUUUGUAAUUCACUAUGGUGUGAUAUCUUUGGAAACAAUCCCCCAUGUGCAUCCUGAGUUUACUUGGGAAAAUGACACAUCGAAGUCUUCCUGAGAAUCUCCAUUUCACUUUCAAUAAUUCUCAUCCAUCGUCUCUUUGGUAGUAUAAUUUCGGAACCACUACUUGAAGUGUCAGAAUUAUAAUCAACAUUGUCUUUCACAAUAUCUUUUAAUAACACUUGAAAAUCAAACACGUCUUCACUGCCACUCAACUCUAAAUUCUCAUCAUAAUAAUUAUUUUUCUCCAUGUUGCUAACCGUCAAAAAAUGGUUUAAUCGUAACAGUACGGAGAUUGAGCACCUUUUAAAUACAGAUAACAAUUGCCAACGCUGACGAUACCACAGCAUCUUAAGCGUAAUCAUGCUAAAAACAUUAGCGGAGCCUACAAAGCUGUGGAACAAAUGCCAGAUGGCCCUGUAGCAGACCAAUGGAGCUAAAAACAUUUGGUUCCUCAGCAGAGCCAACGGAGCUGUGGAACAAAUGCCGGAUGGCCCUGUAGUGCAGCCAAAAGAGCACUAAGAGUUAAGUGAUGUAGCUUAUAAAGUAAGGCUGAAAAGUAGGAGGUUCCAAGUCAUUCUUUUAAGUAAUAGUAUUUCCCAAUCUUUUCUAGCUAUAUGAUUUUCUAUUAUGAUUUUUUCCUCUCAUCUUCCAACAUUUUCCAUUAUGUCAAUUUGCUUCUUGUCAUUUUCCACAUGAGACCUAAGUCACUGUCAUGCUUAGAUGUUCUUUGCUGAUAUUCUAUACUUAAAUUCCCUACAGAUUAUGGUCUUACAUUUUUGUUUAUAAUAAAGCAAUUAUAGUUGCUGUAUGGUGGGAAAACAAAUGGUGCAUUCCUAAGCACAUUCACUUUAUUUUGCCAAAUUUAAGUAGUUUACAUUAGAACUGUCGUUGGCGAUUUAUUACUGUUCUUGGUGACAUCUAAAAAACCAGCGGCUGUAAAAAUGAGAAAGAAAGAAAAAAAAAAAAAAAAAA